AUGUUAUUGGAAGAAAACGUUAUGAAUCAAAUGUCGGAUGAUGAAAGAGAAAUUCAAAGAACAAUGUUACAAUUAUUAAAUCAACUUCACGGAUUUGAUUCUCGUCGAGAUAUUAAAGCUAUUUAUACGAAAUCUGAUUUAAUGGCAGUAGAAGAACGUCCUAUGAAAGCAACAAAUGAAAAUUUUCGAAAAAGUAAAGAAAGAGUAUUUUAUCGAAAAAAUCAAGGUAGACCUCAAUGA